AUGUGUCACCUGCUGCAGGUGACCCUGCCGUGGCAGGGGCUGGACUCGACGCUCUCCAGAGAUCCCUUCCAGCCCUGACAAUUCCGUGAUCCGCGGCCUCCCGGCCCUUGCCCAGAGGACGAGGCAGGAACGCUUGUGCGCGGGCUGUUCUUUCCGGGGGAAGCGGCGGGGCGGACGCGGUGCCCGCGGCCAUGGAGCGGCGGGAGCAGCGGGAGCCGCAGGAGCAGCGGGAGCCGCGGGCCGCGGCCGUGGAGCGGCUGGACGGGGUGACGCGGGAGCGCUUCCUGCGGGACAUCUACCCGCGGAGAAAGCCAGUAGUGCUGACAGGACUGGAACUGGGUGCUUGCACCACCAAAUGGACAACAGAUUACUUGAGCCAAGCUGAAGGAUCUAAAGAAGUGAAGAUUCAUGUUUCUGCAGUGCCACAGAUGGAUUUCCUCAGUAAGAACUUUGUGUAUAGAACUCUGCCUUUUGAUGUAUUUGUACGAAGAGCAGCUGAAGUCAAGCACAAGGAGUACUUUCUUACUGAGGAUGAAAAGUACUAUUUGCGAUCAGUGGGUGAAGAUGUUAGGAAGGAUGUUGCAGAUAUCAGGAAGCAGUUUCCUAUUUUAGCAGAAGAUGUUCAUAUUCCAGAGUAUUUUGAGAAGGAACAGUUCUUCUCUAGUGUCUUCCGCAUCAGCUCAGCUGGACUACAGUUAUGGACACAUUAUGAUGUAAUGGACAACUUCUUAAUCCAAGUCACAGGGAGAAAACGAGUUGUUCUGUACAGUCCUCGAGAUGCACCAUAUUUGUAUUUAUCAGGUACUAAAUCGGAGGUGCUGGAUGUGGAUAACCCAGACAUGGAGAAAUAUCCCCUUUUUGUGAAAGCCAAGCGCUAUCAGUGUGUUUUGGAAGCAGGAGAUGUGUUAUUUAUUCCAGCUUUGUGGUUCCAUAAUGUGAUUUCUGAGGAAUUUGGAGUGGCACUGAAUGUCUUUUGGAAGCACCUUCCUGCUGAGUCCUAUGAUAAGACUGACACUUAUGGAAAUAAAGAUCCCAUGGCAGCCUCUAGAGCUAUACAGAUCUUGGACAGAGCCUUGAAAACACUUGAAGAACUACCUGAGGAAUAUAGGGAUUUUUAUGCUCGGAGAAUGGUGUUACGUAUCCAAGAAAAAGCCUACAGGAAUGAUUAUGGAUAAAGUAAGACACUGCAAUUCAGCAAGGUCCCUUGCAAGUAGAAAAUUGUAUGUUAGUAUGGAAACUGUCCAUAUGUACUUACAUACACUUUCUGUGAGACCAAUAAAAACUGUCAAUAAACAUUCAUCUCUAACAAA